GUCUUCUCUACCCUGGGAGCAGCUCUCUUGCCUUGGCCCCUCACCCCUGAAAAUGUAUGCCUGUUCCAGGUUCAUCUCCACCCGCUCCUUGGUCAGGAGCACCUCUCAGCUGCUGAGCCGUCCACUGUCUGCAGUGGAGCUGAACCCACAGACACGGAGAGAUGAGGCCCUCAGCAGCUUGGCAGUCCCUCGUCCUUUGACCUCACUCGUCCCUAGCCGCAGCUUCCAAACCAGUGUCAUUUCCAGGGACAUCGACACAGCCGCCAAGUUCAUUGGGGCUGGGGCUGCUGUUGGGGUGGCUGGCUCUGGGGCUGGGAUUGGAACUGUUUUUGGGAGCCUCAUCAUUGGUUAUGCCAGGAACCCUUCUCUGAAGCAACAGCUCUUCUCCUACGCCAUUCUGGGCUUUGCCCUCUCAGAGGCCAUGGGGCUCUUUUGCCUAAUGGUGGCCUUUCUCAUCCUCUUCGCCAUGUGAAGCAGCUGUCUCCACUU